AUGAAUUAUAUUUUAAUUCUUUUGCUGAUAGGGUUUGCCUCUUGUUAAUGUCCAGAAGAUUAUGUGUGGUCUGAUACAGGAUGUUAAUGUAACAAUAUAUAAUGAAAUUAAGUAUGCCAAGAUUUUUGUAGUUCAUGUACAAAUGGCUUAUGUGAUAAAUGCCCUACUUCUUACUAUGGAGAUUCUACACAUUGUUAUAGUAAAUAAUUUAUAUAAAUUAGGUUGUUAUUACGGAUGCACAUCAUGUACAUCUUAUUAAGAAUGUACAUCAUGCUUAUCCCCAUACUUUUUUCUUGUUUAAUCUUCAUGUGAAUAAUGUUCAUAUCCUUGUGUUACAUGUGAUACUUAAGGUGCUUGCUUAAGUUGCGCAUCUGGAUAUAUGAUAGUCGACAAUAAUUGUUAGAAAUGUUAAAGUCCUUGUUCUGAAUGUUCUGGAUAAUUAUAUCAAUGUACUUCUUGUUAUUAAGAUCCUCCUUAAUUUUAUUAUUUGAAUGCUUAGACUUGUUUAUUAUGUGAAUUUCCUUGUGUAAGUUGUAUUUCAAAAAAUAAAUGCACUACUUGUUAUUAAGGUUACUAUUUGAAUGAAAAUGAAUACUGUAGUAAAUGUACUGAACCUUGCUUAGAUUGCUUUAGUCCUACAAGUUGUCUAAGUUGCAUCAGCUAAUAAUAUUACAUAGCCCCUGGCAAUAAUUUUUGUCAAACUUGUAAUAAUUUCGAUUCGAAUUGUUUAAAAUGUUAAUCAUAGAAUCAAUGCUCAUCAUGUGUUAUUGGAUAUUUUGUUUAAGUGGAUUACUAAGGUUCAUAAUAAAUAUCUAUUUGUAAAUAAUGUUCAUCAUAAUGUCUCACUUGCUCUAAUGAUUAAAAUGAAUGUUUAACUUGUAAUAAUGCUUUUUAACCUCCUACUUGUAAAGAUAUAUGCAAUUCAUCAGAAUUUUAAGUUGGUAUACUUUGCUAUUCUUGUGCAAGUUAAUGUUAAACCUGUAGUUUAAAAUCCAUUUAAUGUCUAACUUGUUCUUUAAAUAGAAUGAGUCCUCCCUUAUGUCCGUGCAAGGAAACUUACUUUGAUUUUAAUAAAAUUUGUACACCAUGUAUUACGAAUUGUAAAUUUUGUUUCGAUGCUAACUUUUGUAUGAAAUGCAUAGAUGGAUAUUAUUUACAAAGAGGUAUUUGUGUUUAAUAGUGUGAUAAUUUAUACUAUCAAACUAGAGAUUUUAAUUGUAUACUUUGCAACAUUAAUAAUUGUAUUGAAUGCAAUAUUAAUGGCAUAUGUGAUUAAUGUUCACCAAAUUACCUUUUAUAUAAGAAUUAAUGCUAUUUCUAAUAAUGUCAUUAAGGUUAUUAUACAAUUGAUAAUAAAAGUUGUUUAAAUUGCAACUAAAAUUGUUAUAAUUGUUUAAAUUAACCAGAUAAUUGUGUUGAAUGCUAUAAUGGUUAAUUUUUAUUAGAAAAUAAUUCUAUAAAUAAAUGUGUUAUGGAAUGCCCAUUAAAUUACUAUAUAUAAAAUAACUAAUGUUUAAAAUGUAAUUCUAAUUGUCAAUAAUGUUUAUAAGAAAAUGUUUGUACAUCUUGUAUAGUGGGAUAAUAUUUAUUAAAUAAUCAAUGUUAUUCAGAAUGUCCAAAUUAUUAUUAUUAAUUAGAUUAAUAAUGUUUAUAAUGUCCAAAUAAUUGCCAAUAUUGUUAUGGUGAAUAUUGUCAUAUUUGUUAAGAUGGAUAUUUAUUCUUUGAAAAUUAAUGUUUAGAAUACUGUCCAGAAGGUUAUUACAAAGAUACUAAUUCUAAAUGUUAACCAUGUUAAAAAAUGUGUAAAAGUUGUAUAAAUGAUCAUGAAUGCAUUUCUUGUUCUGCCCCUUUGUAUUUUAAAAAUAAUAAUUGUGUUGGAUAAUGCCCAUUAACAUAUUACAGAGAUUUAGUAGAUAAUAGAUGCAAAUAAUGUAUAGAAGGUUGUGAAAUUUGUGAGAAUGAAACCUUUUGUUAUAAAUGUUUAUCUAAUUAUGCUGCAUUUAAAAAACGUUGUGUAAUUGAAUGUGAAAUAGGUUAUUAUGUAGAAGAUUAAUAUUGUAGAGAAUGUGAUUUUGAUUGUUACACUUGUAAUGGUCCUACAAAAUAUGAUUGUAUACUCUGUAAAUAUGGUCUAAAAUUAUAUAAAUCAAUAUGUCUAAUGGAUUGUCCAAAAAAUACUGUUUUAAAAGAUGGACAAUGUAAAGAAUGUCAUGGAACAUGUGAUACUUGUCUUGAUAGUGGCAGUCAAAAUUGUUUAACAUGUAAACCAGAAUAUAUAUUAUUAAAUAAUGGUUGUUAUUCAUAUUGUCCAUCAUAAUAUUAUAAAGAUUAAGGAUAAUGUUUAAAAUGUUAGGAGAAUUGUGAUAUUUGUAUUAAUAAGAUAUCUUGUCUUCGCUGUUUGAAUAAUUUUUAUUUUAAUGGAGGUAAUUGCUUAAAAAUAUGUCCAAAUGGUUAUUAUGGAUAUGAUGGAGUUUGUGAAACAUGUCAUUUUUCAUGUUUAACUUGUGAUGGACCAUUAUAAACUAAUUGUUUAUCAUGUUCUUCAACAUUAGUAUACUAUAAUAACGAAUGUUUACCAGGAUGCUUAAAUCAAUAAUAUUAGACUACAUUAAAUAUUUGUUAAUCUUGUAAAGAAAAUUGUGCAACAUGUAUAAAUGAAAAUAAUUGCACAUAAUGUAUUUAUAAUUAUUAUUUACAUCCAUAAACCAAAGAUUGUGUCUAAUAAUGUAAUAAUGGUUAUAUGCAUAACUAUAUAUAAAGAACAUGUUUAAAAUGUUAUCAUGGGUGUUCAUCAUGUUUUGGAUAAUUAAUUAAUCAAUGUUUAACAUGUUACCCUGAUUAUGUCCUUUAUUAAAAUUAAUGUUUGGAUGCUUAUUGCCCAAAAACAACCUAUCAAUAAUCAGAUAUAUGUAUACCAUGUGAUAAAAAUUGUUGGACAUGUAAUGCAUAAUAACCCUGUCUUAGUUGUUAAUCUGGAUAUUUUUAUUUUAAUUCUAAAUGUAUCACCAAAUGUCCAAAUGGAUAUUUUGCAAACACUAAUAAUUAAUAAUGCACUCAAUGUAAAUAAAACUGUUAAAUUUGUGAUAAUGCUAAUAAUUGCUCUUAUUGUUACAAUAUUUAUACCAACAAUGGUGUCAUUAAUUAUUUUUUACUAGAUAAUGAAUGUGUCACCAGCUGCCCUUCAAAUUAUAACUAUUUUUUAUUUGAAUGUACAUAAAAUAUUACACCGAUAAGUAUAAUUGAUAAUGUGGCAUCAUAUUGUUAGUCGAAUCCUAAUAGUUACCUAGACAUUAAUUAGGAUUAAUGUGUUUAAUGUGAUUCAAAAUGUAUCACUUGUUUUGGUCCUUAAUCAAAUUAAUGUUUGAGUUGUUAAAAUUUGAUAUAAGUAAACACUUGUGUUGAUUAAUGCGGGGAAGGAUCUUAUCAAUAUGAAAAUCGAUGUUUGAAUUGUCAUAAGAGUUGUAAAUAUUGUGCAUCAAAUAAUAGAAUAGAUAAUUGUACUCAUUGUUACAAUUCAGCCUAUUUAUAAAAAUCAGAAGAUAAUUUAUAUGGUAAAUGCGUAAACAUAUGUGACAAUGGUUAUUAUCAAGACUAUUUUAAUUUAAUUGAUGGAUAAAUAAUCUGUAGAUUAUGUUCUUCUAAUUGUUUAACAUGUCUUAAUUAAAAUUAUUGUACAUCUUGUAUAAAACCAUAAGUAUUAAAAAAUGGUGAAUGCGUUGAUAAUUGUAACACAGAUGAAUUUAUUUCUCAAAUAGAUAAUAAAUGUUAUAAAUGCAAAGCAGGUUGUUCUAGUUGUACAAAUCCUUUAUCUUGUACUUAUCCAUUAUUAGAUUCUUCAUAAACUCUAUAUUUACAAAAUAAUUAAGUUUACGCUAGUUGUGGUGAAGGAUAUUAUACAUCUGGUUUAUUAUGUUUAGCAUGCUCAAAUAAUUGUAUAACUUGUAAUGAUGAAACUUAAUGUACAAAAUGCAACAAUCCUUAUAUUUUAUAUAAUUAAAAUUGUAUGUAAGAAUGUCCUGAAAAUACUUAUUUUGAUAAUGGAUCCUGUUUAUCAUGUCAUUAAAAUUGUUAGUUUUGUUCUGAUGGCAAUGAAACAUCUUGUUUAACUUGUUAAAAUGGUUUAAAAUAUAUUCUGAUAUUUGAUAGUAUUGAAAGCACUUAUAAAACCUAUUGUCAAGAUUCAUGUCUAUCAAAUUAUACCUUUGAUUUAUAUUUAAGAAUCUGUCUCUAUAAUUAUUGUCAUAGUUCUUGUUUAAAAUGUGUUGGAGAUUAAGAUAAUUAAUGUAUUGCUUGUCCUGAUAAUUAUAUAUUGAAUAAUGCUAUAUAAAUAUAUGGAACAUGUGUAAGUGAAUGUUCAGUAGGAAUGUAUAAUCAUAAAGGUGUAUGUUAAAAAUGUAAUGAUUCAUGUUAAGAAUGCACUAGUUAUCCUUCUUGCACUGUUUGCAAACCGAAUUUCUAUCAUUUAAAUUAACAGUUAUGUGUAAUUUAAUGUCCUUUAGGAUAUUAUUAAAAUAUAGAUACUUCAAAAUGUGUUUAAUGCGAUUCUAAUUGCUAUGAAUGCAUUUAUCCUAAUGUAUGUAUUAAUUAAGUAUAAAAUUGUCAAUAUAAUCAAUAUCUAUAUUAAAAUAUAUGUAUAGAUUGUCAUUGGACUUGUUUAACAUGUGAUGGACCAACUGAAUAUGAUUGUACAAAUUGUGGAAAUGUUGUAUAAUCAGAAUUUAGGUACUCAUAUUACAACUAAUGUUUAUUAAAUUGUCCAAAGGGACUAUAUAAUUCUUAUGAAUGUUCAUUAUGUUCUGAAAAUUGUGAAGAAUGUUCAUCAAAUUAGUGUACUUCAUGUUUCUUUGGAUAUUUUUUGCUAGUAGAUACUUGUGUUACAAAUUGUGGUUAACGUUAUUAUGCAAACCAAGAAUAUUAGAUAUGUGAAUCAUGCUAUGAUGGAUGUUUAGAAUGUGUUGGAGUAGGUCCUUAUUAAUGUGUACUUUGUGAACCUACUUAUUUACUUUCAGAUAACAGAUGUUUACCAUAUUGUCCAUAUAAAUAUUUUUAUAAUUUCCUUUCUACUAAAUGUGAAUAUUGUGAUGAUUACAUUCACAAGAAUUAAUGUUUUACUCAAUGUCCAUUAUAAUACAACCCUGUUAAUAAUAUUUGUAAAUUAUGUACUAAUGAUUGCACAAGUUGUCAAUCAGGUCAGUAUUUGUACUAAAAUACUUGUUUAUCCAAUUGUAUUACUGGUACAUUUAAUCAAAAUGGUAUUUGUAAACCAUGCGAUAUAUAAUGCCAUUCAUGUCAAUUUCAAUCUGAUUAAUGCUAAUUAUGUUCAAGUCUAACUCGUUAUAAUCCACCUUUUUGUGGAUGUCACAUAGGAUAUUAACAAGACUCACCUGAUCAAGACUGCAUUAAAUGUGCAAAUUAAUGUUACAAUUGUAAAUUAACCUUUAAUAAUUGCAUUCAAUGUAAUCCAGACAGAAUAUAAAAUCCACCUGAAUGUACAUGUCCAUAUGGUAAAUAUGAUAAUGGUAUACAAUGUGUAUCUUGUAAACAUGAAUGUGAUGAUUGUUUAACAGAAACAGUAUGCCUUUAUUGCAAAGGAGAUAGAGUUGGGAGAAAUUGUUUAUGUCGAUUAGGAUAUUAUGAUGAUAAUAAAAGUUUAUAUUGUAAGAAGUGUGAUCAUUCAUGUAAAUCAUGUACAAAAAGUGGUUGCACAGAAUGUUUAGGCAAUAGAACGAUAAAUAGCAAUAAAUAAUGUUUAUGUUAAUAAGGUUUUUAUGAAGAUGGUGAAUCAAUAAAUUGUCUUAGAUGUCAUUUUAAAUGUUAAACAUGUAUAGUGAAUUAAUAUAAUUGUGUAAGUUGUAAAGGAGAUAGAAAAUAGAUUCCAUUUUGUAAAUGCGAAGAUGGUUUUUAUGAUGAUGAAGUGAAUAUAAAUUGUUAAUCUUGUCCAAAGGAAUGUAUCACUUGUAAUAAAGCAAGUUGUUUAAAUUGUAAAACAAAUAGAUUUGGUUCAAUUUGUGAUUGUCCACCAGGUGGAAUAGAUAGAUAAGAUGCAGGUUACAUGCAUUGUGAAACAUGUGAAUUAGGAUUACCAAUUAUUUAAAUGUAAACUGAUUUAACUACACUAAUAAUAAAAUUUGGAAAAUAAGUCACUUUUAAUAUUGAUGAAGGAUGUUCUAAAAUUAUUGAUUAAUCUAUUCUUGGAGUAGGUUCAAAAUGUAGUCUAAAUAAUUAAUUCCAAAUAGUUAUUUAAUUAGGAAUAAAUAAUUAAAUAUAAAUUGGAAAUAUCAUAUAAUUAUAAACUACAAUAAAAGCAAUCGAUUGUGAUCUUCCUUAUAUAACCAUAUUUCCAACAAAUAUUUUACCUCCAUAUAUCAUUAAUGAAAGUGAUGUUAUGAUAUUUGGAUCAUCUCAAGUAUCAACUUGUGAUACUACUACAUUUUAAGUAUCUUAAUACUUUUUUGAUGGUCAUAAUGGAUUUAAAAUGAUAUCAUGGAAUUUAGAAUCUAUUUCACCUCAUAAUUUAAUUACAGAACAAUAAAUCUCUGGAAUUCUUUAUGAAGUUAAUUUAUACAAAUCUACAGCUGUUACAAUCCCUCCAUUCAUCUUAUUAGAAAAUACUAUCUACAAAUUUAAAUAUUAAUUUCUUAAUUAUUUAGGGUAAUUAUAAACCAAACAUUUUCAGAUUCAUUGUUUACCUAUAGAUUUACCAAUCAUCACUAUUUAAUAUGAAGAUCAAUAACCUUAAGUAUAUUAUAUAAAUAAUAGAAUUCUUAUAAAAGCAACAAUAUAAAAAUAAUAAUCAAAUUGUGAUUCAUUAACCCUUAAAGAUUCAAAUGCAUUUUAUAAAUUGUAAGCUAAGUACAAAAAUAAUUUAAUUAUUUUGGAUAAACAAUUUAAUUUCAAACACUCUUCUGAAAAAUUUGUUGAAUUUAUCAUUCAACCUUAUACAUUCAUAUAAUCUGGAUUCUAUGAAGUUUAAUUAUUAGCUACCUUUGAUUAAUAAAAUAUAAAGUCUAAAUCUAUUAUUUUCAAAAUGCUUUUACCUGGAAUUUAUGCAAAAAUUUAAGGUGGAAAUUAAAUCCGUAGUUUUGGCUAAUCAUUUAAUAUUACUGCAAUUGUAAAAAACUUAAAUGUCAAAGAAAAUUAAUCUGAUGGCUUCGAAUAUACAUGGACAUGUAUAAAUGUUGCAUUACAAAGACCUUGUGAAACUAUUGAUCAAGAGCCUUUUAAUUUAAAUCAUUCAUAAAUUUAAAUAAUUAAGAGUAGAACCCUUUCUCCUUUUAAUUCUUAUUAGUUUUUUAUGAAAGCUCAAAAAAAUGAUCUAAUUGUUACUACUUCUAAUAUUAUAACUAUUGUAGAUGUUGAAAUUUCUAUAUUCUCUCUUGAUACUCCAAACAUUGCAUUAAAUACUCCUAUACUUUUUAACCAAGAAUUAACAUUUGAAGUUUCUUCUCUAUCAAUCACUAAUCUAUAUGGUUGUUUAAUUUAUGAUUUUUAAUUGCUCUCUACAUUUUCUAUACCAUAUAAUACCUUUACUAUAUCACUUUCACAUCUAUUAUAAGAUAGAUAUGAUUUAAUCAAACUUUAAAUUUUUAGUACAGAUUCAAUAUUUUUCACUCCACUCCUAUCUAGUGUUGAAAUAACUACUAUUUAAUCACCUUUAAAUUGUUAAUUCAAUAUUUCUCCUAAAUAAGGUUUAUCCUUUGAUACCAUUUUCAAAUUAGAAAUUUUAAAUUGUGUUGAUCAAUUUAACCCUAUUUUUUAUAAAUUUAUAUUUUAUUAUAAUUAAACCUAAUAUCUGUAAGAUAUCUAAACUAAUUCUUAGAUGAAUUCAGAUCUAAUUAUUGAUUAUUAAGCUCUAAACACUUACACAACUAUUUUACCCAAAUCUACCUAUACUCAUUCAAUCAUUAUAGCUAUAAUCAAAAAUUAAUUAGGAGCUUAAACUAAUUUAAUUAACUAGGUUAUAGUUGGAUAGAGUCUAAUUGAACUUGAUGAAAAGGUUUCACAAUUUGAAACAGAAACAAAAUCAAAUUCAAUUAAAACAUCUAAAUCUAGUAGAAAAAUAUUAAAUGAUUACAAUGGAGAUACUUUUACAAAUUUAUAUAAUUUAUCUAAAGAUUUAAGUGAAGAUUAACAUAUUUCUAUGUUGAAUUUAUUAACUAUUGGAAUUCAAUAAUUUUAAACAGAUUUAAAUAAUUUUAAUAAUAUCAGAUCUAUUUUAUAUUCUGACUUGUAAACUAAGAUGGAUUUACCUCUUCUAACAGAAACUACAAGAUUGUAAAUUAAAAAAGCUAUUCAAAGAGUAAUAAUUAAUGAUACUAAUUACUUACAAGAUUUUAAUUCAAUUUAAAUCUAUUUAACUAAUUUAAAUGAAAGUUUAUCUAAAAGUAUUAAUAAUACUUUAUUAAUAAUAAAUUCUAUUUCCCAAAAUGAAGCUGGAUAUAGGGAUUAUUAAUAAAAAGAACUUGAAAAAACAAACAUGAUCAAUUAAUUAUCUACGCUUGAUUAUUUGCUUAAAUCUUAAUCAAAUUAUUACUAUGAUUAAUUUAAUGGAAAUAUUUCAUUAUUGAAUGAAACUAUGUUAAAAAAUAUGUAAAGUAAUUUUCAGUAAAUUUAAGAUUUACUAUAAAUGUUAAAAUAUGGAUUAUUAUUGGUUUAAUAAGUUAACGAUAAUCCUAUAACUUUUACUGGAUCUUCAUUUUCUUUAAUUUUUAAUAGACUUACAACAGAAAAAAUGAAUGAAUAUUUGAGUGAAAUAGAAUUUGUAAAAAUAGUAGAUUAACCUAUUGAUAACAGUACUAAUCUAUCAUAAAGUUUAUUAUUAAAUUUUAGUUAUUUUUAUUACAAAUAGAAUCCAUUUAUCUUAGAUUCCACAUUUCCAAACAAUACUCAUUUUACAACUAUAUAAUCUAUUGAACCUACAUUAUCUAAUGGUAGUUUAUUAAUUCCUACUUAACCGAUUACUACUAAAUAUAAUGUUACAAUACUUAGAUAAACAAGAUUACUUCAACAAUAUUAAGAUUUAUUUCUUAUGGAUGAAUAACCAAAUUAUGUAGAUUUUAGUUGUACUAAUAAAUAUUUCUCAUAAUGGGAAUCUAACUUUUGUAAGACAUCAUUAGAAAUAGAUAUACAUUCUUCUUUAAUCGUAUCUUGUGAUUGUUCUUAUUUUGGACCAACUACAAUUAGUAGUACUUUGGCUGAUAUUUUAUAAAUUGAGAAAUUUUCAAAAUCUUUUUCUUUAGAAGCAAUUUCAGCACUAAAUAAUUUUCCAUUUCAUCGUUCAAUAAUAUUUUAUUGUUUAGUAAUUUUUACUAUUUUAUUGAUUUUAUUGAUACCUUAUGGAAUUAAAAAGGAUUAAUUAGAUAAAGAAAGAGUUAUGCCACAACAUAUGAUAGAAUCUGAAUAUAUACGUAAAAUGUUUGAAGAUAGAUAGAAAGAAUUGUAAAAGGAAAUGGAAAAAAUUAAAGAAGAGAGACAUAAAGAAUGGAAAGAAUUUUAACAAAAAUAAAAUUUAAUAGAAAUUAUAACUGAUAGUAAAGAAUAAAAAUAAUAAUCUUUGGAUAAGGAUGAAUAGAUAUAAGAAGUUAUAAUUGCUCCUGAUAUAGACCCAGAUGAAUUAAUAGACUAAUAAUAAUAAUAAUAAUAAUAAUAAUAAGUAUCAAGUGAUAAUAGUAAUAAUAUUAAUUUUGAUUUAAUUUAUGAUAGUGAUGAAGAAUUUUAAUUAGAAGAAUAUCCACCUAUUAAUAUUUCUAAAAAUAAUAAUAAAACAUAAGCACCUUCACCUUAUGCUAAAUAUUUUUAAUAUAAAAAUCCAUAUUCUUUGAAUAACACUAUUGUCAAUAGAAUUCAAUAACAUAAUUCAUCAUAUGAUGAAAGUCUGUAAAAUUAAAAACAAAAUUAAACUUAAAAAAAUAUGAUUUAAGAAAGACAUAGUUCAAGAAUUCAAUCAGAUUAAUUUUCUGUUAGAAACUCUGAAAAUGUCUAGUAAAUAAUUUUAAAAAAAAGUUCAUAUAAUUAGUCUAAAUUUUGUAAUUCCUUUACUAAUUAAGCAAAAAUAAGUGAUUAUCCUCCAUUAUCUCCAAAUUCUUCUAGUCCAGUUCGUGCUAAUUAUGAUACAAAAUAAAUUUUAUAACAAAACUUUGUAGCUUAAUCUGGAUCAGAACCAGAAUCUCAUCUAAAUUCUAAUAACAAUAAAUUAGUAAAGAGUUAAAUUACAAAUAGAAAAUCUCAAGAACAUAUUUUAUUUUUAGAUCAUGAAUUUUAUGAAGAUGAUAGUUUAACAAUUGAAGAAAAAGAAAAAAUCAUUCAAAUUUGGUAUUUAGAAAAAAAAAGAAAAAAAUUAUUAGAAGAAGGAUUUUAAUUAAGAUUUACAUUAAGAAAUCUGUUUUUAUUUAUAACUUUGUUUCAAUCAAUUUUAAGCAUUAUUGCAAUUUUUGAUAAAAAGUUGCCAAGGCCAAUUAGAUUUUGCUUAAUUUACAUGACCUUUUUAACAACUUGUUAUAUAAAUAUAUUUUUUUAAGUUGAAUUGAAUCCUGGGGCAACAAUUGCUUAUAGCAUUCUUUCAUCCAUAUUAUCGAUGAUUGAGUUAAUAAUUUUCACAGUUCUUAUGCCUCAUUAAUACCUAAUAUUAAGAUUUAUAGGUUGGUUAGGCUUUUUAGGAUUAACAGGAUUGUUUAGCUAUUUAAUCAUUGUGUCAAUGGCAUUUGAAGCCUAAGAUUCUGGUGGUGAUGUAUCAAGAUCUAAUUAGUGGGGAAUAAAUUUUAUUAUUAGCUUCAUUACUAUGAAUUUUAUUACAGACCCCUUGUAAUUAAUUGUAUGUUUUAAAAUAAUAUAAUGGGGUUUUAACAACGCUUCCCCUCAAUUGCAAUAAAUAUUUAUUAUGUUAUGCAUGAGUAAGCAUUUUAAUAUAUACUUUGAUUUUCUAGAAUAUUGA